CGGGUGCGGGACUCGGCGGGCACCCGCGCUCCGAGAGGCGUCGGCGCGGCGCCGGCGGGAGGAGCCCCGCGCCGCAGGACGCGCAGCCGGCCGGGCCGCCCAGGGGUCACUCCUGGCUCAUGCACUCAGGAAUUACUCCAGGCGGUGCUCGAGGGACCAUAUGGGAUGCUGGGAUUUGAACCCAGGAGGUCAACCGCGUGCAAGGCAAAUGCCCUACCUGCUAUGCUAUUGCUCCAGCCCCAGGAAAUAGGAGUACGUAAGCUACGUUGUGGUGUUUCUUAAUUUGGAGUCAGUGGAUGGCUACACGACUUGCCUGCGGGAGGACUCUCUGCUCUUAUAGUUCCUGUCACUGGUUCUCCUCAAAUUUAUUGAUUCUCUGCUUGAGUGUCAUUUUCAAGUCAUUGAACAUUGAUAUGAUACCUGUCCUAAAUACUUCUUCAGGAAUUGAUGCGUGUACGUGGUGGGUCAUUAUGCUGCUGCACCUGUGUAGUGUGAAGAAUCUGUACCAGAACAGGUUUUUGGGCCUGGCUGCCAUGGCAUCUCCAUCGAGAAACUCACAGAACCGACGGCGCUGCAAAGAGCCACUGCGACACAGCUACAGCCCUGGCCAGCUGCACAGCAUGGCCCUGAGGACAGGCCCCCAUGGCACUGUGACCAUCCCCCGUUCCACCAGCGACACCGACCUGGUCACCUCAGACAGCCGCUCCACGCUCAUGGUCAGCAGCUCCUACUAUUCCAUAGGACACUCGCAGGACCUGGUGAUCCACUGGGAUAUAAAGGAGGAGGUGGAUGCUGGAGACUGGAUUGGCAUGUACCUCAUUGAUGAGGUCUUGUCAGAAAAUUUUCUGGACUAUAAGAACCGUGGAGUCAAUGGUUCUCACCGGGGUCAGAUCAUCUGGAAGAUUGAUGCCAGUUCUUAUUUUGUGGAACCUGAAACUAAGAUCUGCUUCAAAUAUUACCAUGGAGUAAGUGGAGCUCUGCGAGCUACCACCUCCAGUGUCACAGUCAAAAACUCUGCAGCCCCUAUUUUUAAGAGUAUUUGUUCUGAUGAAGUUGUCCAAGGACAAGGAAGUCGGAGGCUGAUAAGCUUUUCUCUCUCAGAUUUCCAAGCUAUGGGACUAAAGAAGGGGAUGUUUUUCAACCCAGACCCUUACUUGAAGAUUUCCAUUCAGCCUGGGAAGCACAGCAUCUUCCCUGCCCUCCCUCACCACGGGCAGGAGAGGAGAUCAAAGAUCAUAGGCAACACUGUGAACCCCAUUUGGCAGGCUGAGCAAUUCAGCUUCGUGUCCUUGCCCACUGAUGUGCUGGAAAUUGAGGUGAAAGACAAGUUUGCCAAGAGCCGCCCCAUCAUCAAGCGAUUCUUGGGAAAGCUGUCGAUGCCUGUCCAGAGACUCCUGGAAAGACAUGCAAUAGGGGACAGAGUGGUCAGCUACACACUUGGUCGAAGGCUUCCAACAGAUCAUGUGAGUGGACAGCUGCAAUUCCGAUUUGAGAUCACUUCCUCCAUCCACCCAGAUGACGAGGAGCUGUCGCUGAGCGCCGAGCCCGAGGCGGCCGGCGGCCUCGAGAGCGGCGCGGAGGCGGCGGGAGCGGAGCGGGGCCCCGGGCCGGACGGGGAGCCGGAGCCGGAGGCGCGCGCGGAGGCGGCGGCGGAGGCGGCGGAGGCGGCGGAGGCGGCCCCGGCCCAGGGCGCCGAGCGCGCCGAGCAGCCGCCCGCGAGCCCGGCCGAGAGCGCGGAGGGCGCCGAGCAGCCGCCCGCGAGCCCGGCCGACGGCGCCGAGCAGCCGCCCGAGAGCGCCGAGGAGCCGCCCGCGAGCCCGGCCGACGGCGCCGAGGAGCCGGGCGAGGCCGGCCCGGGCAGCGCGGCUGAGCCGGGCGGAGAGCCGGAGCCCGGGGAGCCCGGGGAGCCCGAGCCCGGGGAGCCCGAGCCCGAGGAGCCGGGCGGCCAGAGGGGCCCGGGGCCCGGCCAGGACGCGCCGCCCCGCGCCGCCGCCAAGAGGAAGUGCCGGCCCUGCUCGCUGCCCGUGUCCGAGCUGGAGACGGUCAUCGCCUCGGCCUGCGGCGACCCCGAGACCCCGCGCACCCACUACCUGCGCAUCCACACGCUGCUGCACAGCCUGCCCUCGGCGCAGGGCCACGCCGACGACGACGGCCCGGAAGACGAGCCCACGCUCAAGGACGCGUCCGACAAGGAGGCGCCCAGCGAGGGCGACACGGUGGCCGCCGAGCCGCCGGCCGGCGCGGGCAGCGAGGGCGACUGGAGCCCGCGGCCGGGCGCCGGGCCCCGCUGCGAGGCCUGCGACGCGUCGUGCUGCAGCCCGUCGUGCCACAGCUCGUCCUGCUACAGCACGUCCUGCUACAGCUCCUCGUGCUACAGCGCCUCGUGCUACAGCCCCUCGUGCCACCACGGCAGCCGCUUCGCCAGCCACACGCGCUUCUCCUCCGUGGACAGCGCCAAGAUCUCCGAGAGCACCGUCUUCUCGUCCCAGGACGACGACGACGAGGAGAACAGCGCCUUCGAGUCGGUGCCCGACUCCAUGCAGAGCCCGGAGCUGGAGCAGGAGCCCGGCGGCGGCGCGGCCCCCUGGCCCGCCGGCCCCUCGGCCACGGCCGCCGAAGGUCUGGAGUCCCCCCUGGCAGGGCCGAGCAGUCGGAGAGAAGGUGAAUGUAUUACACUCCAUAAUUCCCAGCCAGUAAGCCAGCUUCCUUCCUUGAGGCCUGAACAUCAUCACUACCCAACAAUCGAUGAGCCUCUUCCACCAAACUGGGAAGCGCGCAUUGACAGCCAUGGCCGGGUCUUUUACGUGGACCAUGUGAACCGCACAACCACCUGGCAGCGCCCAACAGCAGCAGCCACCCCUGAUGGGAUGCGGCGAUCUGGGUCCAUCCAGCAGAUGGAGCAGCUCAAUAGGCGGUAUCAAAACAUUCAGAGAACCAUUGCAACAGAGAGACCUGAAGAAGAUUCUGACAUCCAAAGUUGUGAGCAAAUCCCAGCAGGAGGAAGUGGCGGAGGUGGAGGAAGUGACUCAGAGGCUGAAUCUUCUCAGUCAAGUCUCGAUCUAAGAAGAGAAGGUGCACUUUCACCGGUGAACUCACAAAAAAUCACCUUGCUUCUGCAGUCACCAGCAGUCAAGUUUAUCACCAACCCUGAGUUCUUCACUGUCCUGCAUGCCAAUUAUAGUGCCUACCGCGUCUUCACCAGUAGCACCUGCUUAAAGCACAUGGUUCUAAAAGUCCGACGAGACGCACGCAAUUUUGAACGCUACCAGCACAACCGAGACUUGGUGAAUUUCAUCAAUAUGUUUGCAGAUACAAGACUGGAAUUGCCCCGGGGCUGGGAAAUCAAAACAGACCAACAGGGAAAGUCUUUCUUUGUGGACCACAACAGUCGAGCUACCACUUUCAUUGAUCCUCGAAUCCCUCUUCAGAAUGGUCGUCUUCCUAAUCAUCUGACACAUCGACAGCAUCUCCAGAGGCUCCGAAGUUACAGUGCUGGGGAGGCUUCAGAAGUCUCUAGACACAGAGGAACCUCUUUGUUGGCUAGACCAGGACACAGUUUGGUAGCUGCUAUCCGAAGCCAACAUCAACAUGAAUUGUUGCCACUUGCAUAUAAUGACAAGAUUGUGGCAUUUCUACGCCAGCCAAACAUUUUUGAAAUGCUGCAAGAGCGUCAGCCAAGCUUGGCAAGGAAUCAUACACUCAGGGAGAAAAUCCAUUACAUUCGGACUGAGGGUACUCAUGGACUUGAAAAGUUGUCUUAUGAUGCAGAUCUGGUUAUUUUGCUAAGUCUCUUUGAAGAAGAGAUUAUGUCUUAUGUCCCUCUGCAGGCUGCCUUCCACCCUGGGUACAGCUUUUCUCCCCGCUGUUCUCCCUGUGCCUCACCUCAAAACUCCCCAGGUUUGCAGAGAGCCAGUGCAAGAGCCCCUUCACCCUAUCGGAGAGACUUUGAGGCCAAACUUCGCAAUUUCUACCGAAAACUGGAAGCCAAAGGAUUUGGUCAGGGUCCAGGGAAAAUUAAGCUCAUCAUUCGUCGAGACCACUUGUUGGAGGGAACUUUCAAUCAAGUGAUGGCUUAUUCCCGGAAAGAACUCCAGCGGAACAAGCUCUAUGUCACUUUUGUUGGAGAGGAGGGCUUGGACUACAGUGGUCCUUCACGAGAGUUCUUCUUCCUUUUGUCUCAAGAGCUCUUCAAUCCUUACUAUGGACUCUUUGAAUACUCUGCUAAUGAUACUUAUACAGUACAGAUUAGCCCCAUGUCUGCAUUUGUGGAAAACCAUCUUGAAUGGUUCAGAUUUAGUGGUCGUAUCCUAGGCCUGGCUCUGAUCCAUCAAUACCUUCUCGAUGCUUUCUUCACAAGGCCCUUCUAUAAAGCACUGCUGAGACUACCCUGUGACUUGAGUGACCUGGAAUAUUUGGAUGAAGAAUUUCAUCAGAGCUUGCAAUGGAUGAAGGAUAAUAACAUCACAGAUAUCCUAGAUCUCACUUUUACCGUUAAUGAAGAAGUUUUUGGACAGGUGACAGAAAGGGAGUUAAAAUCUGGGGGAGCCAACACCCAGGUGACUGAAAAGAACAAGAAGGAAUACAUAGAGAGGAUGGUGAAGUGGCGGGUGGAACGAGGAGUGGUCCAGCAGACAGAAGCCCUGGUUCGAGGCUUCUAUGAGGUUGUAGAUGCCAGGCUUGUGUCUGUGUUCGAUGCCAGGGAGCUAGAGCUGGUUAUAGCUGGUACAGCAGAAAUCGACCUCAAUGACUGGAGGAAUAACACCGAGUACCGGGGAGGUUAUCAUGAUGGUCAUCUUGUGAUCCGCUGGUUCUGGGCUGCAGUGGAGCGUUUCAAUAAUGAGCAAAGACUAAGAUUGCUUCAGUUCGUCACCGGAACAUCCAGUGUACCCUAUGAAGGCUUUGCAGCUCUUCGAGGAAGCAAUGGGCUUAGGCGUUUCUGCAUAGAAAAAUGGGGGAAAAUUACAUCUCUCCCCAGGGCACACACAUGCUUCAAUCGAUUGGAUCUUCCAUCUUAUCCCUCGUACUCCAUGUUGUAUGAAAAGUUGUUAACAGCAGUAGAAGAAACCAGCACCUUUGGACUUGAAUGAGGAAAAGAAAAUUCAACUGACGUUUUCCUGGCCAGUGACAUGACCCUUUCUGGGAUGAAUCUCCUUCCCCUUUCAACUCUCCUUUGAUUUUGAUAUUCCAUGAUUUUUAUUUUCAAACAAAAUUAUGAUUGACAAAAGCUGUGCAUGAAGAACUGCCUUCUAAGAUCUAGCCUUCAGGCUUCUAUUUUCAGUGAACUGCUAGCCCGUAUGCAAUAUUUUAAAAAGCAGCUGUCUCCAGGUCUGUGUGUAUCUCCACAUACCUCCAUUAUUAACAAUGAAAUAUGAAUGCAAGUUCUGUGACACUUGACCAAAUGGUAAUAAAUGUUUACUUCCAUUUAUAUGGUUUCAAAGAAAAUUUGGACAUUAAGCAUUUCAAGCUUUUAUAUACCUAUAUCUUCUUAGCAGAACCACCAUUUUUCAUAAUUUUCAAUGACCAACUCCAGAACUAGGAACUGAUGAACUUUUGAUUUUCCUUCCACCCUGUGUACACCAUCCAUCCAAAAACAUCAGUGCAAAACCAAAAGUUUAAUACAUUUUGUGAGUCAUUUGUGGAACUAGCCUAGACAUAUGGUGCAAAAACUUACUUUCGAACAAAUAAUAACAAGAAGAAAAACAGUGCUUGCUAAGGCAGCAGCACAGUGCAUACCAAUGGUUGUGGAGAGUGUGGCUCAGUUUAAGUUUUGAGAAGUCUAGAAAAGGGAGUGCACCGUCAUGAGCAUGCGCCACGCGAGAAGCACAAACUCUUUUACAGGUCUAAGAAGGAGUGUCUCACUGUGUAGCAUAAGCAAGGCUUCAUUCCCAUUGUGUUGCAUAUAGUAUGAAGCAAACAGAAGUGGAAAGAUGUGUUUGGUUGAAUAGCUUGAGUUCUGCACUGUUUUGUUUUACUUUGCUUUGUUUACUCUAGCUAUAGUUCUCCUUCAAAAGGAGAGAAAUUGUAUAUAAAUAAUAUUGAUGUUUGUUAAAGCCAGGUAAUUACUUGCUUGGCAAACAAACCAACCUUCAUUUGAUGAUUUUUUAUGCUGUUGUUUGUUUUUGUUUUUCAUAAUCAUGGUUUCAAGUUCCUACAUAUAGGGACCACACUAAGGAGCUGCAGAGAGUGAUGGUGCUUGUUAGGGAUCAAGGGCAAUAUAAUACUUCUGCUUAAUUCAGAGCAGUUUUCCUGAAGCAGAGAGUUAACACCCCAAAACCAUUUUGAUUUGUAUCAGAAUACCCAUUCUCUUUUAGCAUUUAACAUUCUCAUAAAACAUAGCAUUAAAAAAAAAGCUGUAGACUCCAAAGGAAGCCCAGUCUCUUGAUUACAUUUGGAAUAAGAUCCAAAGUAAUGGUCAUUUGCUAUUUUCCUAACCUUGAUACCCGUGUUGUCUGAAAUAUGUCAUGAAUGAAAGUGUUUUCUUCACUGGGAAAAGAGCUAAAAGGGCCCCUCUGUUGAAGUGUCACAUUGUUUUCAAUAUGUUUAAAAGGAAGAAAUUUGAAGCAUGUAAGAUGAAGUUAACUUUAUAUGAGGCCAUACUUUGUGUGUUCAUUUCAUCAGUUUGUGUCUGGAGAGUACAUUUGUUAUGUUCCCUGCACUACAAGAGGAAAUGUUCUUUUGUUGAAAUUCUUUACAAUCCCCAGCAUCCCUACCUGCUGCUCUGCUUCUGCUAUCAGUCAGGGAAUAUUCAUGCUAUAGAAAGUUAGUGUCUCAUUUUUUUGUCUAAAAUAAAUAUUAAUAAAGAUAGUAAAUUGUUAAUAUUAGAUAAUAUAGGGUUUGAGGAAUCUGUAAAUUCAGUGUAUAUUUUAAAAAGUUAAUGAAUUUCCAAUGGAACUCUUAUUUACUUAUAAAAUCAGAACAUAAGGAUUAUGCAAAUCAUAUCACCAUUCUAAUUCUGAAUAGCAUCUUCAGUAUAGAAGCACCAUUUUACUUUUAGAACUUGGUGUUGUGUGUAUGUAAAUGAUUAUUAAUUUAAGCAUUUAAUUCUUUUUAAAAUGUAUUAUUUAUUAGACAUUGACAAGGAAGAAAGCUGUUCAAAAAAUGCAAACUACUCCUAGGUAGCUUUACAAUUUAUAUAAUAAAUUUAUCUGAUUAGAUAUUGAUCUAAUGCCUAAUCCACCCAUAUACAGAAAAAAAAUCAAAGUAUCCUAGAAAUUGUAGGAUAAUUUGGACACAAAAAUUUUUAAAUGGGGUCAUUCCCAGCUGUGCUGGGGUGUGGGGGCGGCCUCUCCUGGGAAUUUUCUGCCUGCAGUGCAGGCCUGACAGUCUGGUGCUCAGGCCCGGCGGUGCUUGGGAGCCACCCCAGAGGUGCUUAGGGGCCACCUAGGCUACACAUCGUGGUGCUUGAGGGGUCCAUAAGGUUCUGGGGAUUGAACUCAGGGCCUCAAACAUGCUAGGCAGGUGCUCUUCUACUUGAGCUACCUUUCUGGCCAUACGUGAAUUAUAAACUAAACUUUCCUUAUUCCCCCCAAUGCCAUGGUUCUCGAUGUAUUCCACAAAGCUUUACAGGAACAGAAUUUUAUAAAAAACUAAAUUUCUUAAAAGAUACUUGGUCAUACUGGUCAUACUGGUGUCUUGGUCAUCUAAAAGACUUCAAAGCUUGCUUAACCAAUUCCAGAUUCUAUUACAGACUUGUAGAAAAAGCAAAAAUAAGCUUAAAAAUGUGUUAGGAAAAGAUCUUUUUAUUUCUCUAGGUCCUAAGUUAUGUUUCUUUGGUUAUUAUUUCCUCAUGUAAGGGUGAUUUUAAAAUUGCUCAUUAUGUGUCUAACAAAAUGGCUUAUGGUUAAAUUAUGCUAUCAAUUUCACCAGGUAGAGGUGUAAACCAUCCCAACUCAUAUAAUUUAAUGCCAGAUCUAGUUGUGAUUUUCCCCCUAUUUAAAGUACUAGUUUUCACCAUAAAGACAAAUUGUAAAAUCAAUCCCUAUAAACCACAAUUUCUUUAAAAGAAGAUAUUUUAGAGGUAGUUUAAGUAAGUGUGCAUUAGCCUUAAUUGGAGGACAACAAAAUAAAAAAAAUAAGGGGAAACUUACAUUCCAAUUCAAAAGUUCAUUAAAGUACUAUAAAAAUUUUGUGGGUCCUAUUUUGUUCUAUCAUGUAGCACUGUAGCACUGUCACACUGUCGUUCUGUUGUUCAUUGAUUUGCUUGAGCGGGCACCAGUGGCGUCUCCAUUGUGAGACUUGUUGUUACUGUUUUUGGCAUAUCGAAUAGGCCACAGGUAGCUUGCCAGGCUCUGCCAUUCGGGCAGGAUACUCUUGGUAACUUGCCAGGUUCUCCGAGAGGGACGGAGAAAUCAAACCUGGGUCAGCUGUGUGCAAGGCAAACGCCCUACCCGCUGUGCUAUCACUCCAGUUCGUUCUAUCAUGUAAAGAUAAUAAUCUUUUUAAAAAAAUUCAAGGAGCUGGAGCGAUAGUACAGCGGGUAGGGCGUUUGCCUUGCAUGCGGCCAACCCAGGUUCGAUUCCCAGCAUCCCAUAUGGUCCCCUGAGCACCGCCAGGAGUGAUUCCUGAGUGCAGAGCCAGGAGUCAGCCCUGAGCAUUGCCGGGUAUGACCCAAAAAGCCAAAAAUAAAUAAAUAAAUUCAAGUGAUUUCUUUGUAAUUUCCUAUUUUUAGUUUGCAGUGCUGGUGAAAUAAAUUUUAUGCCAUUAUUAUUUUAGCACAGUUGUUCAGACAGUUAUAAAAUUAAGAAAAAGCAAUAUGAAGUAUUUUGACAGGCCUUAAAUAUGCAAAAAUAUAAAUAUUUUUCUCUUCCAAUAGGUAAUGCUAUCAUUUCACAGCGAGCAUAAAUAUUUGUGUGGCAGACCAAUGUGCAGGACUUUCCAGACUGUUUUAACACUUCAUCUCUCACAUUGUAGGUCCAUUCGUCAAACCCUGCAUCCCAAAUUUGGGUUCAGAAAAUUUUUAAGUUCCCACAGAUGUUUUCUCAGUCAAGAUUAAACACUUUCAAAUGAAAGUAGUUAGAAUGUUACAUAACAAAUGUGGUGCUUCAUUAUUAUUAUUAUUGUUAUUGUUGUUGUUGUUAUUAUUAUUAUUACUAGUAUUAUUAUCAUUUCACUGUUGACUAUUUAAACAAUGGCAAUACUAUCAUUAAAAUCUGGGAUGGAUGCUCCAGCCAUCAUAAGGUCCAAAAGAUAAAGUGUUAUUUUCCUGUUAAUGACAUGUAGUCCCCCUAUUCUAGUAGGAAAUAAAAAAGGUGCCUAGAGGUAGCAUAUAGAGUAAAUAUUGUUCCAUUAGCCUACUUCCUGCAGCUUCCAACUUAUCUAUGAAAAUGUCUAUAACAAUUUUGCUCAAAGUCUUUGUUUUAGUCAUUAUCAGUAUAAGUCCAUUAUUGGGCUGAUUUUGCUUACAAUUACAAGAAAAAUAAUAUGUGAUACUCAGGCCCUCACUUCUUUUCCAUCAUAUCAUCUUCAAGGAAUGUCAAUAAAUUCAUUUUGGUAUGGCA